AUGGAGAAGUGGGUCAAGCUGCCACUUCCUGACAGAAGCCAUCUCCUGCGUUGCAACUACUACCAAGACAAUAGCGUGAUUGCCAGAGAUGCUGAAGCAGUGAAGGAGACAGUGGAGUGGCACAUGUGUGGCUAUGCAAUUUGCUUUCAGAGGUUUUGUGAGAUUCUUGGAAGUAGUCAAAGAACAGUCCGCAGGCUGAUCAGUGGGCAGCCAGAUUUGAGAUUGUCUAAGUCGGGCUUUGGUAGCCAAUCCCGGGCGGCAGUGCAGACUGCCAAAUGUGACCAUUUUUUCCGGACACUCCAUGCGUCAGCUGCUGAGCCAAUGCCAGAGGAGGCCCAAAUGUACCCCAAGGCAAAACAACUGGGCAGUCAUUCAGGAGUUCAGGUGUCCAGGAGUUCAGGGGUUCAGAAGAGAGACAUGACCAGCAUUGAUGCAUGGGAGCAUUGGAGCUAUGACUGGCUCAGCAUGCCUCCAGCAGAUGUUCAAGCAGCAGAGAAGGCUCACUGUGGCACCUUGGGCUUGCCUAUAAGAUACAUUCAACAUCAAAGGUUGAUUGAUCUAUACUGGCAGUUUACAGCUGAAUGGGACAUUCAUGUUGAGAGAAAUCCAGGAGAUGGUGAGUGCCCUGCUUUCCAGACAUUUGCGAAGCGCUAUUACAGCCACUGGCGCUAUGUGCUGGUCAUGAGAAAGAUUUCUCAGCAUGGUCAAUGCAAAACCUGCUUUGACUUUCAUUCUGUGCUCAGGAGCCCAAAAGCUGAUUGGAGCACCAAGGCUAUACUGAUUGGCCUUCGCAAGUGGCAGACUCCAGAUGCCAUGCUUGAUCACAUCAAGGCAAAACUGGAACCAAGGGAUAUUUGGAACUGCUUCAAGCCUCGUGCUGGCAUUCCCACCCCUCAUUGCUUCAUGUGCAUGAAGGGCAAGAAUCUGCCAAGAAAGUAUGCAGUGAUGCUUGAGGAGCCAAAAGAGGAUGAGGCAGUCUACUGUUGCGUCAAAGGCUUUGUCCGUGACACUUGCUUGUUGCAGCCGCCUGUUUACCUUUCACCACCUGGACGACAUACUGCCAUUCGAGAAAGCCAGCCUGGCCAGCUCAUUGGCAAGAAAGAAAUGUCUGAGAGUGAGAUCCAGAGCUACAUCAAAUUAGCUCAGUUGUGCAAAACCAAGUUUGACAUGCCAGAAGCUGCGGAUGAGAAGUUGAAUCAGUGGUAUGGCAAGAUCUUUGCACAGCUGCAAGCUGACAUGAGUGACAGCAGUCUUGCUUCAGUGCAUGAGUGGAUGGAGAGAACUUUUCCAAACACAACUGCCAAGAACCAACUGAUGACAGAUUUUUCCAAUCUGGAGUCAGAAUGCCGAAAGAUUUUGGCAGCCCCAGACAAUGGAACAAUCACUUCUGAUGUUCCAGAAGUUCUGGUCCACAAUGAUGUGCCAGUCCGCUUCAAAAUCAGGUUGCACAACUUUGGCUUCUUGGAGGACUCACAGCUGAAGGGGCCAGUUCAGUCUUAUGCUGUGAGCCUUGGGUUGCAUGCAUGUUUGGCCAAGCAUGGGCAUGUCAAUAUCCAUGUUGCUAGCUUGUUCAGCAAGAUUCCAGGAUUGGUUCAGCUUAGGAGGGACAACAUCCAGAAGUUCAUGACCAAUCAGAAGGGCAACCAAACCAACAAAUACCCCCUGGAGAUCCUCUUUGACUAUGUUUGCAAGCUCAACCAGCAUCCAGUGAAGCCAGGUUCAGUGAUUCCGGCGUUCAGCAUCGCCAUGUUCAUUGGCAGCUCGACCAUCAUGUCAUCAUUCUUGCUGUGCAUCUAUGCUUGCAAGCUCAAGAUUAUUGACGCAGUGAAGGGCGACCUAAAGCUCGAGCGCGAGGUGGCUACAAGGUUGCUGAGUUGCUUGGUGAUUCACUGCACAGCUGUUACUGCCACCAAUCAUGAUCAGGCAAUGCUGAAUGCAUUUGCCCAGAAGCGGGAGGCUUUGACGACUCGAGAUGCGCAUCUCCGCAGCAUCAUGGUGGAGCAGAACAAGUUGAGUGUCACUAAAGCCAAGAUCCACAGCAAUGAGAUGACAGCGAUCCUUUUGCUAGAUUCAGCUGGUCCAGGUUUUCAGAAGAUCAUUGCCAAGGCUCACAUGGCUGACCAGCCGCAGGACACUGCCUUUCCCCUCUCGCUCUUGAACAAAGACUUCCUGAAGAAGGAGGAUAACCCCCUGUGGCAUGCCAUCCAUGAGCACAGCUGGGACAAAGUCACUACUUGGGCUCAGCGUGUUUCAGGAAAAUGGGAUCACCGCAUGCAGCAAGCCCUGAAAGCUGGCCAGGCGUUGAGCUACAAGAAUGGUGCAGUGGCCGCCGACAUGCGUGACAGCGGCAAAGAGUUGAAUGUGUGGUACAUGGCACAAGCCAUGUGUUACUUUGAUGACCAUUUCCAAAAAGCUCUGAAGCCAGACAGAUUUGACCAAGUCAAAUCAGAUUGGCUGGCUGGCAAGCUGGACACACAGAUUUUGCCAGCAGUCCUCGCCAAGAGAAAGGACUUCCAACCGCGCGACUUCCAGUUCGUCUUGCUGGAGCAACAGGAUGCCUUGUCUGGACUGAACUUCUUGAGUUUAGGCAGUUCAGAGAAGCAGGAAUCCCUCCAACGCUUGCACAAGCAACUGGGGCAAGAACAGAAAGCCUGGCGAGCCCACAUGGCAAAGGUCAAGGCGCAUGAGGACAGCUCCAUGGGUUCCUUCAACCGCCAAGUAUCUCGACAACAGGAGGCCUUGGAGGAGGCAUGGCAGGAGCAGAGCACAAAGUUCAUUCAGGUGUUCAGCUGUGCAGAUGUUGCUGGUGCAAUACUCCUGGUCAAUCAAGCAAAGGCCAUGAUUGCUGACGAGCAGCUGAAGGAUGCAAGUGGCAUCCCAUUGUAUGGCAAGGGAGACUCUGCUGGAGAUGAACGAAUUGCCAGCAUCGAGGACCACGUGAACAAUUUGUGGCAGCAGCUCAACGAUCCAUCCCACCGUCUUUCUGUGCGCAAAGUCAAUGCACUGUGGAACUCAGAGACCUUUUACUCCUCCGACAGAGAGUUGGGUUUUGAGGUAUGGCUUGUCCUUGCAGAGUCGACCAGGGAUGUGAGCAAAAGCACCCGCUCCUACAACAAUGUCUUUGGCAACAGCAGCCUUCUCAAGAGAGGUGCCUUCCCCUUCCUCCUCAAUGCGAUGGAAAGGAAAGAUUUUCAGAACUGGAAAGCCCCACUGGGGUUUGACCAGGGCAAAGUGGCCCAUGGACAGGACACAGCACAGUGGUUUUCAGGAGUUCAGGUGUUCUGUAGUUCAAUCACUGAGCUGUGCAAGGGGUCCAUUCUCCAGAAGGAUGAUUUCCUGCUGGUGGCCGACAUGCUGAUGUAUGACUCCGAGCCUGGCAAAGGGUGUGUGGAGCUGAACUGCGGGAGCAACAAAGAAGUCCCUCGCCUAGCCUUUGUUGGUGUGAAUGUCAUUGCAGAGAAUGUGAAAGAGGACCUGGCUUCAGUGGUCAAGGUGAAGAUCCGCAGCAAGAACUACCGCAUGCCCAGCACUGUAGCGAUCCCAGAGGUGGUGAAAUCAGAUGCUGCAGAUCCGGCACCCAAGUACAACCCUGAUGACUUCAAGCUGACUUACCCAAGAUCGAAUCUGCAGCUUCCCUUGCUCCAAAAGGUGGUCACGGAAGGGGAGUCGUUGCAGGUCAGCAUGCCUGACCCAGAGAAUCCUGCAGAGUUGCUGACUUUCCCAAAGCUGGUCAAGAUUCACAAUGAUGAGUUCAAUCCUUCAGGGCAGCCAUGGAACCCUGACCAAGGUCAAGGUGAAAAACGCAAGGCCGAGGGGGAGCCUGAGUGUGGUCCCAAAGUGGUGGUGGAAGCAGUUUCGCCUCCAGAUGGCUUGAUCCCUACAGGAGUGCAGGGUGCAGAUGGUGCCUUUCAGUUGUUUCUGGACCCCAAGGAAGCAAGCCUUUAUUUGCAUUGCGCCAAGGAUUCAGCAGUUGGUCCUGAUGAAAAGCCUUGGUUCUAUUGCAAAGGAUCUUUCAGAGCAGGCUCCCAGGCAGAUGCUGAAAUGAAGAAAGCAGGGGCGCAAUUCAUUGAUUCAGCUAUGACCAAAAGCACCAAGGUCCUUGUGCAACAGAUUGGUUCUGCAUUGGAAAUUCCACAACAGCCCACCCCAUUGGGGGCUGUGCUUGAAGCCUUUUCUAGCCUCCGCCAACCCGUUGGCCAAAUCUUCAAGCACAAGUGCACUGAUUCAGAGGUGAAGGCCACUGAAAGCAUUUGCUUUGUCUUGGAGAUCAAUACCAAGCCUGUGGCCCCCAACAAGCCCAUUGAGCCCAAUGUUUUGUCCACCUAUGUGGAGCUCUCCAAGCACAGUCACAUUGAGGCUGUUCAGAACUUGAAAUAUGAAGCCGAGCACCAGACCUUGAAGCAAGGCAUUCCAGCUGUUUUCCCGGCACACAGCUUCAACAUCGAGAAAGACAAGUACUACAAGUUGUGA